UUAAAAUAUGAAUUGAAAGUUGUAGCACUGCGAGUAACUCUAAAACAGUAUUGCUCGUAAAUCUACACAAAAUGUACGACCAAAAGGCUAAUUGCAGGGAAGUGUCUUGGAUGAUUGCGGCCAUCAGCUAUUACUAUUUUCAUAAAUGACUCUGUAUUGACAGGAAUCUCUGCUGAUUAUUUUCAAAUCGAUGUGUGAUGAACGCAUCUGCUUUAGUAACUGUUUAUACCAAUAACAGAUUCUACAUUGGAGUUAAUGUCUAGUGAUAGAACAGUACACAGCACUAUUAGACACCUUGUUACGACAGUUCGUACACGGCUUAAAGCAAAGGGUUCAUGGGAAACGAGACAAUUCUCUCCAGUUUCUCAGCGCGGAUCAGAACAGACGCAUGUGCACGGUAAUAUAACGUUAUGAAUACAACUGCCCUGUCCACAGAGACGGCUAACAUCAGCGGUACGGGUUCUGGAGAUGGGGGACCCAUUCACGCCGUUGUGGGCAUGCUGUCUUUCUUCAGUGUCAUCGGAACUACUGGCAAUGCUCUUGUUCUGUAUGUAUACACGAGGAAACGCAAUAAACUGGCGGCGACCGUGUUCAUUAUAUCACUGGCCACCACAGAUUUGACGACUAGUAUCGUGGUCAUGCCGUAUACCAUUGUGAUAGAAUACCUGAACUACUAUGUCAAGUACGACAUAUUCUGUAAAAUGUAUAUGUUUUUCAUAACAUCGAACGUUCCUUUUGCUGCAUUUAUCAUGGUGGGCAUUGCCUUUGAUAGAUAUUUCUGCAUUGUUCAUCCGUUCAAACACCUAAUGAACGCGCAAAGAGCGAAGAUCAUCACAGCAUCCAUGGCUCUUUUGGCGUUCACGCUGGGCAUAAUCACGGCAUUGAACUACAGUGUAUACGAGGGUUGUGGAGGUGUGAACGAUACGUGUGUUGUGAAAUUCACGGGGGUUUGCAAAACCUCGGAAAUCUUACUUCCACAUACGUUUACACUGUACUAUCAGAGACUGUACACAGCCCUGUUUUUCUUGGCUCUCCUUGUAGUCAUGGUGUUGUACGCUCUGAUUUACCGCUCUGUUUUAAUCCGUCGGGCCAAAAGAAGACGACAGAGACGCUCAAUGUGUUCAUACACCACUUCAAAAGAAUCCUGGUUUCACGAAUACAGAUUUUCGAUGGUGUCCAGUUUAAGGAAAAAUUCAGAGGAGAAAAAUGAGAAAAGUAAUAGUGCAGUCGAGUCCGAACUUCUGCGACAAUUAGCCAUCCGUGAACGCGGGCUUGUCGCCAACAUUAAAACAGCAUUGAUGUUAUUUGUUGUUACAGCUGUUUUCAUAUUAGUUUUUCUACCUGCUUGGUUAAUGGCACACCAAAUAAUUGACUACAAUCGGGUCAUAUUUUACAUGUAUUUCGCCUAUAAUGUUGCUAACCCUAUUAUAUAUGCGUUUAUGAACAAAGCAUUCAGACGCCAGUUAAAAAUCGUGUUCAAAUGUUAAAUUCCAUACCGCACUAUAACAUACAUGUAUUUAUGCCUUCCUCUUUCAUCAUGAAACAAAACAGAAAUUUACCCAGCAUCUAGUUAUUUACCCAAAUCAUAAAUGGUAAAUGAAAACAAAUCGCCAAAUUAUAUUGCGAAAAAUGUUCCAUACCGCACUAUAACAUACAUGUAUAUAUAUAUUGCCAAACAAAAUCGGAAUUAGAGCGGGUUCGUGUAUCAUACGAACGUUUUGUUAAUAUAUGUGUUUAUCAUAAGAUAACGUUUAUUCUUUGGUUUCUAUCAUUAUGAAUAAAUAUGAUUUGUC